GAAGAAUUAAUUGGGCAAAAUAUUUGGUUAAUGUUCUCCAUGCAGUUGUAAAUAAUAUUGCUCAGUAGUGUGGUGUAGUGUAUUGGUGAAAAGAAAAGAAAUAAUUGAAAAGUUGUUGAAAGUUAAUUGCCACACAAUGGAAAGUGUUCAUUCGCGCCCCACCUUUACGAUCACCGACGAUCUCAAUGAGGAUCGCGAACUAAAUUCAGAUGCCACAGUUAACUAUGAGUGGGAGGAGGAGGAAGAUGAGGAGGAGAGAAAUACAAAAAUACAGGAAUUAAUGCAGCGCAUACGCUCUUGGGUGCGUUUACCACGGAAUGACAACGAGGUUACAGAAGGUGCCUUACAAGUAUGGCGUGCUUUACCCGAACGCAUACGCCAAGAUCCGAGCUUAGCAUCAUUCCGCAUGGAACAUGAGCGUCUACAUGGCGACUUGGAUCCGCUGCCAUCGCCGGAUGUGCCCGAACACUAUGUGAAGUCGCCAAAUGCAUUUACCAAAGUCGGCAUCAAUGUGACCAAUGAGCUGGGACAGGUGCGCAUCCUGGAAGUUAGGGAUAUGGAGAACAAUAACGAAGAUCAUCAUGACGACCACGACGAGCCACAUUCGCGUAGGAAGAAAUUCCUGAAGUGGUUCAAAAUUUCGAUAUUACUGGUUGUUUGGGCCGUCUUUACUGCAUUCCUGAUGUCGAAUAACGAACAUGUCGAUGAGCUUAGACUGAUCAGUGUUCCUAAAAGUGGCGAAGAGAAACUGUUCCCUGUAACGACUGCCACCUUAUCACGCCUGGGUCUGAAACUAAAAGGUCCAUUCCGCCAGCAAGAGGCAGAUCCAUUUGGUAAAAACAAGAGCUCCUUUGCCGCACCACCGACGCUGCACGUGCAACUGCAACGCAAAUACUAUAAUGCCAGCGGUGAUGAGUUCUACGUUGAAGAUGCCUCUAAAGUAUGGAAACUAUCGCUGGUCUAUCCAGAGCAAUUGGACACUGUGAAGGAAUCGUGGAAAGCGAAUAAUUAUGACAUUUCACCAGCGGAUGAAGAACUGCUGCUGCAAGCCAAUUACACGACUUUGAAUUUACGUUUUGUUGCCAACAUCGAAAGCGAGUUUCCACUGCAGCUGUCUAUCGACGAGUCGCCCAUCUACAAGAAGGAGGGUGUCAUCUAUGCGGCGAUAGUUUUGUGUGGCUUGUAUAUAAUGAUAAUUUGGGAAAUUGUAAAUCGUACUUUCGCGGCAAUGAUUGCGUCCACUUUGUCCGUUGGUAUAUUGGCGGCAUUGAACUCACGUCCCUCGAUGGCGACUAUAAUGGGUUGGAUAGAUGUAGAGACUCUAUUACUGCUCUUCGGCAUGAUGAUAUUGGUGGCCAUACUGUCCGAGACUGGUAUUUUCGACUAUUUGGCUGUGUAUGCUUAUAAGAUAACAAAUGGACAUAUUUGGCCGCUCAUCAAUUGUCUCUGUCUUUUCACGGCGGUACUGUCCUCCUUCCUCGAUAAUGUGACGACCGUGUUGCUUAUGACACCCGUCACUAUACGCCUCUGUGAGGUGAUGGCGCUGAAUCCGGUGCCUAUACUGAUGUGCAUGGUGAUCUAUUCGAAUAUCGGUGGCGCGCUGACCCCUGUCGGUGAUCCACCAAAUGUGAUAAUUGCUUCGAAUAAUUUCAUUUCAAGAAAUGGUGUCAAUUUUGCCAUAUUCACGCUGCACAUGUUGCCCGGCGUGAUACUGGUGAUGCUGCAGACCUAUGUACAAUUACGUCUUAAGUUCCGCAAUACAAACGAUCUGCAAUUCAAAGACUCACCCGAGGUGGAGGAAAUGCGUCACGAGAUCCACGUGUGGAAGCGUGCAGCGCAAAGUCUUUCCGCGUACUCGAAGGAUGAGGAAAUCGUACGUCAAACGUUGAUGAAGAAAGUGAAUCGCUUGAAGCGCAGUUUGAAGAAGCGCGUUUCGGAGGCAGACGCACCGGCGCCCAAUUACAAACAAACGCUGACGCAGCUGCAAGCGAAGUACCCCAUCCGCAACAAGGCGCUGCUGAUCAAGUGCUCUUUUGCGCUAGUCUUCGUCAUCAGCUUGUUUUUCCUGCACUCAGUGCCCGAGCUGCAGCGUCUCUCGCUGGGUUGGACCGCCUUGUUGGGCGCCAUAUUCUUGCUCAUACUGGCCGACAUUGAGGAUAUGGAGGCGAUAUUGGCGCGCGUUGAAUGGUCCACAUUGCUUUUCUUUGCCGCCCUCUUCAUACUUAUGGAAGCGCUAUCUGAACUCGGUCUAAUCGAAUGGAUUGGCCAAAUGACGGAGAGCAUUAUUUUGGGUGUGAGCGAAGGUUCGCGUCUAAUGGUGGCAGUUUUAAUUAUACUUUGGGUUUCGGCCAUAACCUCUGCAUUUGUCGACAAUAUUCCACUAACAACGAUGAUGGUGAAAAUAACAAUUUCCUUAGCGGAAAAUUCCGCAUUGAAUUUACCACUGCAGCCACUGGUGUGGGCUCUGGCUUUGGGCGCUUGUUUAGGCGGCAAUGGCACACUAAUUGGCGCUUCGGCGAAUGUUGUUUGCGCAGGCGUAGCCGAACAGCAUGGCUAUAAAUUCACUUUUCUCGAAUUCUUCAAGGUCGGUUUUCCGGUUAUGAUCGGCAGCAUUAUCGUAUCCACCGCAUAUCUACUUUUCACACACGUACUCUUCGCCUGGCACUGAGCGCGGAACUUGUAGGACUAACAGUAAAGAAAAAACAAAAACUAUAAAUAUAAAUACCUCGUAGAAAUGGAAAGACAUUGCAAGUAAUUUAGUCAAACGAAUGAACACGAGCUUAGCUAAACAAAAAAAAAUUGUGAGGUUUUACGUUAGUUUUUUUUUUGUGCCACUACGACUAGUACCGUUAAUUGUAGAUAUGUAUUAUGUAUAACAGCACUUGGUUGCUAAAAAACCAAUAUUAUUUUGUUAUUGAACAUUUUUGAUUAGGCAAAUUGAAUUAAUUAAAUCUGCGUAUUCUAAAAUUAAAAUUAAAUUAAUGUGAUGAAGGUUAAUCUGUGCGCAAAUCUUGCGAAGUAUUGGUAAACUUUCAUUAAAAAAUAAAAUGAAUUUAGGGAAAAUUAUUUAGCGAAAUGGAGCUGAUAGUAAAGCAUUUUCAACGUUUAAUUUAACGUUUAUUUUUUUUUUUGGUGUAGUCUAAAUUAUAGUGAAAAUAUUAUAAAUAUUUAACGGUAAAAAAUUAAUAUCAUUCUAAAGAAAAAUAAACGAAAUUUAAAUCUAAGUGUAAAAAAUCAUAUAAAAUACAUUACAGUGAAAAUCAGAAAAUUUAUUAAAAAAUAACGAAAAUUAAAACAAAAACAAAAACAACAAGAAAAUCAUAUUUUUACACCUGUUGUUACUUUAGUCGAUAGUCUGUGAAGAGUCACUGUAUGCAGUGUUUUGUAGCAAAGUGUAGCGGUAAAUGUGAUGCAAUGGUAGUAUAUACAGCGUACAGUGGUGUGCUAAAGUUUGCGCACCAUUCAGUAGAAUUUUGAAAGAAAAUUUCAUUACGGAGGUCAAAGAAAAAAUUAAAAAAAAAAAUCCGCCGCAAAAAGUCGAAUUCGAAAAGUGGCCAUUUUGAAAAGCUGUAAAUUUGUAAUAAUAUUUGUAUAAGCCUCAUUUGUCUCUUAUUGUCUUAAAAGCAUUUCUCUAUGUUUGUCCCCUGCUCUCCCCUCAAAUUAUUUGUUUGUGUUGUUUUUCUGUUUUGCUUAAGCAA